GCCUCGUCCGCGAGAUGGACAAGGCGAAGGACCGCUUCCGCCUCAUGAACGACGCGCGGAACCCCUUCAAGAACGCCGAGUUCUACGUCAUCCCCCUGGCCAUCGCCACGGCGUCCUGGAUCAUGCGCAAGGUCACGGACACGGUCUGCCCCGAGGACGGGUCCUUCGUCGCCAACACGUGCAAUCGCGCGGAGGAGGCCCUCGGCAAGCUCUACGGCGGCAUCGUCUUCCUCAUGCUCAUCGCGGGCUACAACCGCUUCAAGGGCCUCAAGAAGUACAUGAGGGGCGUCAUCAAGCCCCUCCUCGAGGCCGCGCUCGCGGACGACGCGAAGUCGGCCUAG